UAAUAUCACUGGAACCCUUUUUUCAAACUCAUCGUUCAACUCCUCUUUCUUUCUUCUUUCCACAUUCUUUUCUUACCUUAUUCAAUAUGACUAGCUUUGAUGAACUGAAUACAAAUACAAUGCAGUGGUUUGACGUUUCUCCCCAUUGAUAUUUGGUUUGAUGAAUAAUCAGGCAAAUCGGCAACCUGAUCUGCCCGUGUUCGAUGACAUCGACAUUCUCACUUAUCUCAUGCAAGCAGAUAGCGAAAAUAUACUUGCCGCAAACACUGCUGUAUCAACGUCCGCCAUGGAUUCCAUCGUUUCAGGCGAUAUCGUUCCAAUGCCUACCAUCACUGAACAUGUCGAAAGCCAACCAAUCAAAAUGGAAUCCCUCUCAGACCACGUGCCUCCCGCCUAUGGAUCAGAGUCUAGUUCUCCACCAGCCAACUCACCGCCUCACCAGCAACAUGGUUCGCCUCUCCAAAACUUUGACAAUGAUGAAACUGACUGGCGACCUGAUCCAGAAACUCUCAAGAAGAUGACUUCCAAAGAGCGAAGGCAGCUCCGCAAUAAGAUUUCUGCUCGAAACUUUAGAGUUCGAAGAAAGGGUAUGUUUAUUGGAUACCCAAAAAAAAAAAAAAAAGCCUCUCAAGGGGCAAUUUUGAUCUUUACCUGGGCGUAAAUCCUAACCUGAAAUUUAUUUACCUUCCCCAGAAUAUAUUUCUACCCUUGAAGAACAAGUCAAAGAUUGUGAUGAUCGCAACAAGGAGCUUCAAACAAGAAAUAGAGCAUUACAAGAUGAGAAUAACAAGCUGAAGGCCGAGCUCAAGCGCUUACGGCAAAAGC